UGAUUUUGCAUUUCUGGGGGAGACACCUGUGUGUAAACAGCACAGUUCUCCUCCCUGUCAGCUCGGGGACACUGCACUGAAAAUCUGUGCACAGCAUAGACAUCCAGAGCAGUGGGAUUACAGUGAAGCACAGUGACACAGCCCCCUAGCAAAACACUCCCUGAAUACAGUUAACCCUUUGAUCACCCUUCAUGUUAACCCCUUCCUGCCUAGUGCCAUUAGUAAAGUGUCAGUGCUUUUUUUCAGCACUGACCACUGUAUUGGCGUCACUGAGGAUGUCAAUGACACCAAGUCAGUUCCCUCCAGUGUCAAAAUGUCCACCGCAGUCCCGCUAU